UAAAACGCACGCGAGGCAGAUGGCUUCCAAAGGAGAAGUGAAAGUUGCGAAUCACAUCGCGUCACUUCGUCGGGCAGCUUGAAAGCGACAAUCUGCUCGGAAAAAACUGGGGGAGAACAAAACUCGACGCGAGGCAACUGUGGUCGACACCCACACUGCGGUGACCGAAGUCUCAGAUACAGUCGAGCGUCUCGUGUCCGGCGAUGGGAUGACGUCGGAGUUGGGGACAAGAUGAACGCUGAGCCGCUGUUGGAGGAGAAGCUGAUCAAGCGAUCGCAGCAGAAGAGGAGGACGUCUCCGCUCAACUACAAGGAGAGGUUGUUCGUGCUGACCAAGAGCAACCUGAGCUACUACGACGGCAAGGCGGAGUCACGUUCUUGUCGUCCGCAGAAAAAGUUCCAGAGGGGCUCCAUCGAGCUGAGUCGCAUUCGAUGCGUGGAGGUGGUCAAGGAUGAGGGCGGCCUCAAUCCCUGCCAGAACAAAUUCCCUUUCCAGGUGGUGCACAACACCAACACGCUGUACGUGUUUACGCCGAGCCACGACAGCAGGACUGCAUGGGUCCAGCGGAUCAAAGAGGAGAUCCGAGACAACCGGGAGAUCCUGACCAAGUUCCACCCGCGGUUCCGGUGGGAGGGCGAGUGGCUGUGCUGCCGUCAGGCGGAGAAGCAGGCCCCCGGCUGCGAGGAGUACAACCUGUUUGGGGACGCUUCCAGGAAACCGCUUCCGCCGAUUCCUGCUGAGGAAGGAGCACACGGGAGGCACCCGCGACCGCUCCCUCCCGAGGCGCGCGACCACGGCGAGGACGCGGUGGUGGCGCUGUACGACUUCCCGGGCAGAGAGCCGCACGACCUGAGGCUGGUCAAAGGGGGCGAAUACGUCAUCGUGGAGCGUUGCGACGUCAACUGGUACAAAGCGCGCAACCCGGACGGGGAGGAAGGCUACAUCCCGAGUAACUACGUCACCGAGAAGAAAUCCGGGAACCUGGCGCAGUUUGCCUGGUACAGCAAACACGUCAACAGGAACAAGGCGGAGGAGCUCCUGCGGAAAGAGGACAAAGAAGGCACCUUCAUUGUCAGAGAGUCCAGCACCAGGGGAACCUACACCGUGUCGCUCUACACUAAGAACGGAGGCGGGACCAUCAAACAUUACCUCAUCAAGGAGACAAAAGGCUCGCCCGAACAGUUUUACCUGGCGGAGAAACACGUGUUCUGUUCCAUCGCCGAGCUCAUCGCGUACCAUCGACACAACGCGGCAGGGCUCGUCGCCAGAUUAAGGUAUCCCGUCGGGAAACAGGACAGGUCCGCUCCCUCCACGGCCGGCUUCAGCUACAAGAAGUGGGAGAUCAACCCCGGCGACCUGACCUUCAUGAAAGAGCUCGGCAGCGGUCAGGCGGGGGUGGUGCGGCUCGCCAUGUGGAGGGCGCAGCACAAAGUUGCCGUCAAGGCCAUCAAACCGGGAGCCAUGCACGAGGAGGACUUCGUCGAGGAGGCCGAGGUCAUGAUGAAGUUGUCCCAUCCCAAGCUGGUGCAGCUGUACGGCGUGUGCAGCCAGCAGCGGCCCAUCUACAUCGUCACGGAGUUCAUGGAGCGCGGCUGCCUGCUGGACUUCCUGCGGAGUCGGCGGGGCGGCUUCGGCGCCGUCUCGCUGCUGAGCGUCUGCCUGGACGUGUGCGAGGGCAUGCGGCACUUGGAGAGCAGCGGCUUCAUUCACAGAGACCUGGGAGCCAGGAACUGCCUGGUGAACGACUCCCUGACGGUCAAGGUGUCCGACUUCGGCAUGGCCAGGUACGUUUUGGACGACCAGUACACCUCGUCGUUAGGUUCCAAGUUCCCGGUGAAGUGGUCCCCCCCGGAGGUCUUCAACUUCUGCAGAUACAGCAGCAAGUCCGACGUCUGGUCCUACGGCGUGCUGAUGUGGGAGGCCUUCACCGAAGGCCGCAUGCCAUUCGAGCAGCGCGACAACCGUGAGGUUGUCACCUCGGUAACAAAGGGUCACCGCCUGUCGAGGCCCACGCUCGCCACAGCGACCGUCUACGACAUCAUGCGGCUGUGCUGGAAGGAGGUCAGCCCACCCGACACGCAACACGGUCGUCCGGGCACACACGAACGACGCUUCUCGUCCGCAGAGACCCGAGGACCGUCCGUCCUUCUCUCAGCUCUGCCUCAUGAUCUCCGACGUCCUGGAGGGCGACGUCGCGCACGCCGUCUGAGAGGCCGGCCGCUCCCCGCCCAAGAACUCCGUCCCUUUUGAACGCUUGAGGAUGCGAACCUCGAUGGCCGUCGUCCAUCGUCACGGUGUGAUAACCCUUUAAGCGAUGGCUAUUUGAACCCAAAUGGGGGGGGGAAACACAUGUAGACAGACAAUAUAACAAUAGUCACGGAACACCACUGUAUUUAAUUGUCAAUCGGGCCAUUAAAAUACUAGCAAAAGAA